GAAAGUAAGUAAAUAAAUCAAUUAUGGUCCUGAAGGUAGAAGUGACUGAGUAAGUGGAGACUGGACAUUUUUAAGCCAUAGCAUAGAACCUUGCCACUUUUAGCUUUCCUGGAAAAUGCCAUUGCUUUUAUAUUUGUAGAAAGGUUUUUACCGUUAAGGCUGAGCUAAUGUGAAAAGAGUUGUGUUCUUGUUUCUGAGAAUUAUUUGAUUUUUGCUUUCGCAAUUUGGGCAUUUUUAACUUUUAGAGUUGUAACAAAGUAUUGUCUUCUUUUAAUCCUAAGGUGAGCGCAUCCUUGGUUACCCAGAGGAGCCAUGCUACCUUUGGUUUGUCAUGGAGUUCUGCGAAGGUGGGGACCUCAACCAGUACAUCCUGUCUCGGCGACCCGACCCCCAGACCAACAGCAGCUUCAUGCUCCAGCUAACAAGUGCCAUUGCUUUCCUUCACAAGAACAACAUUGUCCACCGGGACCUGAAGCCAGACAACAUUCUCAUCUCACAGAAAUCUGGUUCACCUGUACUUAAGGUAGCAGACUUUGGCCUCAGUAAGGUUUGUGCUGGACUAACCUCCAAGAGCAGUGAAGAAGAUCCUACAGCGAGAGCUGCUGGCAAAGGGAGCAACCAGUACAACACUGUCAACAUCAACAAGUUCUGGUUAUCGUCAGCUUGCGGCUCUGACUUCUACAUGGCCCCGGAGGUUUGGGAGGGCCACUACACAGCUAAAGCUGACAUCUUUGCCCUUGGCAUCAUCAUUUGGGCAAUGGUCGAACGAAUCACGUUUAUUGAUGCAGAGUCGAAGCGUGAACUACUGGGCACGUAUGUUCGACAGGGCUCUGAGAUCAUUCCUGUUGGGGAAGCUCUGCUGGAGAACCCCAAGAUGGUUCUGCACAUCCCUCAGAAGGCCAGGAGCUCUAUGACUGAUGGGGUAAAGAAGCUCCUUCUGGACAUGCUUGCAGUAAACCCUCAGGACCGACCAGAUGCUCUCCAACUGGAAAUAAGAAUGGAUCAAGUCACUUUUGCUGCAUGACAAACGCUUCUUAAACCUUUCCUUUUUCACCCCAACCCAUCCAAGAAGGGACCCAUUUCCUCUCCAGACUUGUCGUCUCCAUGGCGGUGGACGGGGAAGGAAAAAGGACUGACAACCUGAAAUGUGAAGACUCAUGAUCUAGAACUGAGGCUGCAAGACAAACUGGAGCAUUAUUCCAAACCUCUGGGGCAGAAAAAUAUGCAAAUAAACUCGUUACAAUCUCAUUUUUAUUUUCUAUUAGCUUACUGGGGAGAUGGACAAUGUCAGAGUGAAGUCAGAGUGCUGGCUGGAUCAGAAAGCAGCUUUCAUUUUGUAAUCUAGUUUGUUUUAUGAGUUUGUUCUUCCUUAACUUUUGUACUGUACUGAACUAUGAGGCAGGUUAGCUGUGUUCUCACUGAUUAAAGCAUUCGUGGGAGUAAUAACUCUGAAGAACAGAUGACUGCUACCCUCAAACAUCCCUGUGCCUUUAAGAAGAUUCACCCCCGAGUCGACUGGAUCUGCGGGAGAAUCCAUCCUGAAGGUUCUGAACCGAGAUGGGAACCUGAGAAGUCUGUGAACUUGUGAAGUUUCAGGCUAGCAAAAUGUGCAAACACUUUUGUUUCUAAUGUUGUGACACUUUUUGAAUGAUUCAUCAAGCGGGUAUGAUAUCAGAGGAGACGGUGAGGGGUCUCUUGGAGUUCAACACUGAGGUGCAAUUAGGAAUCAGAAAAAUCUCCCACUAGCUGAAAUACAGAGAACGACAGC